AUGAAUGAUAAUCAAAUUAGAGCAGAAGGUAGAAGGUUAUUUAAACGCUUCUAUAACAUUCCUGAUGGUGUUAAUCCUAAAACUCGUAGAAGUUAUUUAAAUGAAGCAAUAGAUUCAUAUGAAGGGUUUGACAUUUCAUCAGAAAGUGAGAGAUUAGCGAGAAUGUUAAAUGUUAAUAUUGAUUUCUAUUAUUGUGAUCCUCAACCAGAAGACGUGGACAUAAAUAAGGUAGACUUUCCAUUAGUGGAAUCAAUAAUGAUAGAUCCAGAAUUUGAAACAGUAAAUAUUUUAUUAACACAGAGUCCAUGUGGAAAACUUCACGCUGACAGAAUAACAGACGUUGAAGCACUCACCGGCUAUAGAGUUUGUCCAUAUUGUAAAGAAGAAGUUUAUUCUAUCCGUGAUGAUCCAGAAAGGAAAAACCAAAGAAGAUUUUUAAAGCAUUGUGAGAAAUGUAAAGAAAAUAAUGGAAGAUUAAUUCAAGACGUUCAGUUGCAAAAGACACAGCAACCAUAUGCACCACAUAUUACGAAACAGAAGAUAUAUCAGUG